ACUGCGGGUCCAAAUUGGCCGCGGUCAGUUCAGGCCCAGAACGCGGGCCGCAGUUCGUGGUGAACAAGCAGGUAGCGUAGCAGUGCUGCGACAGCCGCUGUGCAUACGCUGCUGCGCGCGCCGCGGUCUCAAAUCUCUCCGAGGACCGGUUCCGCGCGCUGCCUAGAAAGCGGCUCUCGCACGCCGUAGGACGCGGUCUCAAUUACUCCACAGAGACCGAUCUGCGCGCGCGGCGCUAGAAAAGCGCUGCAGCCUCCCGCAAAGCGCGCAAACAAAAGAUGGCCGACCGCGACGACGCCAUGGACGUCGGCGCCAUUGAGGACGACGCCUUGAAUGACGACGACGAGCAGGACGAGAACGGCGACGAGGUCGAGGAGGGCUACAAGAUGGCCAAGGUGUCGGGCUGUGUGGAAAUCAACCAGUGCGUCCCGACAAUUCUUCACUAAGUCAUUUCUCGGCAAUGACGCCUCCGUCCUGGCUCGGUCGAGCGGUGAGGAACCGGCAUCGCCACGCCAUCGAGCAGGCGUCGCGUCGAUGGCGUGCAGGUAGACGCGAAGAUUCAGCACGAACGUAAAAUUUUGAUUUCCACACAGGUGAGCGGCUACCUCCACUUCAGCAACGAGCACCGCCCCGAAGUCACCACAAGAGUAAAUGCGAUGGAGGGUUUGGCGCCGCGCGAGCGGUCCCAGAAGAUCAUUGCGGAAUUAGGCAAGAUGUGGAAGGCCCUAUCCCAGCAAGAUAGAGAUGAUUGGAAGGAGCGCGCGCCCGUCGUCAAGCGCAAAAUCAAGGCCAAGAAACCGAGUAAGAAGCGCGCGAAGAAGACCGAUGAUGAUGCACCGGCGCAGAGAUCUUCACCAGUACCGUACAUCGGCCCCGAGACGCUCGUCGGGCCCUACCCCAUCGACGAGGAAGCCCUGCGCAAGCUCAAACGCUUACAUGACGACGGCAUCAUCGACGACGACGAAUUUAGGCAGGGCAAGGCGAAAGCCUUGGGUAUAACCCCCAACAACGGCCCGCCGACGCCAAAUGAACAAGUUGGCACGGUCUACCGCCCGUCGAACCCGCCGCCGCCGCCGUCGCCGAAGGUCGAGAAGGAAAAAAAAGAAAAAGCGCCCAAGCUCGAGCUGCCGCAGUCGUGUUUGGAAGCCUUCAUGGGCGAGUCGUGCACGUGCCUCCAGGAGAACCCGAAACGGGCCAAUACGAAAUCUUAUGAUUCUUAUGAAACGUACAAGAGUGGUACUACACUACAAGGUAUCUUGGAUUUGGGUGCCAAGAAGGCCGACCUGGCCCAUGAUCUAGCAAGGAAGUACAUCACGAUUGACGACCCCCAGAAGCAACAGGCGUUGUUGGCCAACCUGCGACCCGUGAAGAAGCGCGACACGACCGAAAAGACGGCCGACGAGGUCGAGGCGGACAAGGCCUUCGUCGCCGUUACUGGUAGGUACUAUACCAGGAGGGUGAAAGACAACGCGGGGGUACCCGAGGACCCCGAGGAAAAGCUCGAACCGGGCUUUAAGGGCCCCGCGAACUACCGGAACGCCACCGGCGCUUUGGUACUGGACGCGCCUUCCGGUAAAGCGGCCGGCGGUUGUUUGAUUAUGAAGGGCAUUAAUUCCACAAAAGACGACAGACCGCUCGUGCCGAAGCUCGUCCCCAAGUCCAAGUCGGGCAAGACGUCGACGGACGGGUUCAUCAACUUCAAGUUGAAAGCAAGAGGCGUCUCCGGCACGUUGCGCCUGAAGGUCGCCGCGUCCAAGGACCACCAGAACAACUCCAUCCUCGUCGGGAAUCUGAGGAUCAAGGAGGGCGAGACGGAGUGGGUCGAGAACAUCCGGGCGUUCCGCGCGUCGGGCGACACGGACGACUGGCCCGACGAGCUGCCUCAGUCCUCCGCCUAAGCAUGAUCCGUAGUCUCGCGCGGCGGCGGCGUGCCCCUGGAGAGAUUCUACACAAGUACUUAGAGGUACAUC